ACCUCCCCCUCCACCUCCUUCCUCUACACAGUCCGGGGCUCACACCGGAACCUCGUCGAUUCGCCGCCUCAUCAUCCUCCUCCUCCCGCUGCAGUCAAACCUCACCGACGGUGCAGUCCUAGAUCUGCGUCACCUGCCCGGCACCUGGUCGACGUUCAACGCGGACACCUGGUUGAGGAUCAACGCAGACACCUGGCUGAGGAUCAACGCAGACACCUGGUUCUCUCUGCCGACGUCCAUUCCAUCUACCCUCCUCUCUCCCGCGCCCGCCGUCUCCGAUUCCUCCCAUCGAGAUCCUCCACCGGAUCCCGAGCGGACCUCGCGAACCGAGCCGAGGAGAAGCCCCUCUCCUCCUCCUCCCCUCCUCCUCCUCCCCCUCCUCUCUCACCGCUUCAUCGCCCCGACAAGAGUCCGGAUACCGCCAGACGCCAAGAUGGUGUGCGGAGGCUUCGUCUGCUCGAAGAACGCCCUCGGGGCGCUCAACACCCUCUUCAUGCUCGUGGGGCUGCUGCUGAUCGGGGUCGCAGCCUACGGCGCAGGCUUCGGCAUCAUCUCGAGCAUCUCGGUGGUGGGCGGCGUCAUCUCCGUUGGCUUCUUCCUCUUCCUCGUCUCCAUCGUCGGCCUCGUCGGUGCCGUCAAGCACCACCAGGUGCUGCUCUUCUUCUACAUGGUGAUCCUGGUGCCCAUGUUCAUCGUGCAACUCGGCGUGUCCUGCACCUGCCUCGCCCUCAACGAGAACCAGCAGGACACCCUGUUGGAGUUGAGCUGGGCCAACGCCAACAACAAGACCCGCGAAGACGUUCAGAAGUACCUGCAGUGUUGUGGCUUCACCAACACCACGGAAGAUCCGCUCUGCGCUGAGGCUCACCCCAAUUACACGCCGUGCAGCUUGGUCUUUGGCAAGUCCCUAGACGGACUCCUACGCGCAGUCGGGGGCAUUGGACUCUUCUUUGCCUUCAGCCUGUUGCUGGGACUGUGGCUGACCCACCGCUACCGCAACCAGAAGGAUCCGCGGGGUCACUCCGGGGCAUUCCUGUAACCUUCUCCGCCUCCUCCACCUCCCUCCCCUCCUCCACCACCUCACCGCCACCCUCACCGCCUACCCGCAGCCGUUUAUCUCCGGGUGGGCAGGGGGGGGGGGGGGUCAGUCACAUGACGACGAUUAAGUCGGUAUCGGUUUUCUAAAACGAAACCCCGUUAAUUCCACGAAGGCCGUUGCUCGGGCCUGUGUCCACGCCCUGCGGCCUCGUUGUUGAGGACGCGGCAGCCUGCGUAGUUGACCCUGUCGGGAGUAAACGCUAAAAACUGAUUGAAUCUUGGCCUGGGGGGCUCGCGGAGAAGGCCGCACGCAGCGCUGCCCUGUGGGUAAUAUUUGUACUGCCUGUGCACGGAACUACACCGGGAAUGUCGGGCGUGCGACGUCUUUUUGCGCGCGUUUGCGGAGACGCGGUUUCACGUCAAGUCUGCGGUGGGGGGCGCUGUGCACGCAAGGCUCCCCCCGCGUUGCUUUGCGCCGUUAACGCUGUGGAGCUUUGCGAGCGACCGCUUUUUCAGUUUUUUUCUCUGCACCUUUGUGGGGGUCCUCCAAAAAGCCUCCCCCCCCCCCCACUCUCUUGUGCGCGGGACCCAGUAUAUAUCCGCUCGCGUUAUUUUUGGGGGAAAUCGGCACGGGUUUGGUUUUGCGUUGUAAUUUCCGCCUGCUUAUGUUGCUGUGUAGAUUCACAGUGUGUGGGGGCGGGCGGG